GUGUUGAUUAGUGAUCAUUAAGAAAAGUAUCAGUGUGUUCUGUGCAAGUAUUUAUGGAUAUAAAUCGUAGAUUACAUUAAUGGACGAUUUAAUAAAUAUUAUCAGAAUAUUUUCUUUGCAGUUUGCCGGUAAACUAUAAAAUCUAAUCCAUCUCUAAAAUCGUCGAAUUUAUCAAUUCGGACAAUUAGUCAACGGCGGAGCGCAAGUUUCCCGGAAAUUCCGACUUAUCGAACCGCCCUUCUCCUUUGAGGAGUAAACUACAGGCAUGCGAUCUUAAAUCUACAUGGAAGAUGACAUAUACAAAUGUAUACCAUCGGGCAGGAGACAGGUGCUCGUAGUGGGAGUUAAAAUUGAGGAAAAGUUCCGGGUUAGUGGAAUUCGACUUUAUUGUAUAUCUAGUAUACUGUGAAUUCUACGAAAUUAGACACAGAGAACACUUGAUUGUCGUUAAGUGUGAACCACUGGCUGCGCACCACUAUUCAUCGCCACUGUUUGCUGCAGUGCCACCGGCAAAAUAAUUAAAAUUCAAAUAUUCGACGUCAGCGCCGCAGUUUAUGGAAGUCACCAUCUGUGUAGGUAUGGCGGCAAGCCGACACAGAGACACGACAACUGCUAAUCCAACAUAUUUUUAUAUUGGCGUUAAAUAAAUAAAUAAACAAAUAUUUUACAUUUUUCAUAACAUUAUUACAAAUUUUUUGAUUACUUUACUUUCAUUGUUCUACUAAAAAUAUUAUCUUGAGAUAAUAAUAUAUUGUAUAACUAGUGCGGUAAGUUCAGCGCGAUCAUUCACUCGUGAGGGUAAUCGAUAACACCGCACGAAUUGAACAUACUUUAAUUGAAAAAAGGACAACGUAGAAGUAAUUUCGCCGAGAUAUAGAAUUUGAAAAAAAAUUACUUACAGAUGAUAUCAAUUGGGAGUUAAACGUCAAAGUCACCUUUUUUGGUAUGAAUAAGACAUGCAAAUGUUGGUUCCGGAGACAUGUAGAAAAUUUGUGUCGUUUUUCCUGUCUUAUGUCAAUUAAAAAGUCGUUUAGAUGACUUAUUUUACCACUAUUUGUAAUUUACUUUUUGUCGUCACUUGUGUCAAGUUUUUUAAGUAAAUAUUUUUUCGGUGACAUAAAUUUCUGAUCGUUUUGUCAACAUGAUGCCUUAUCGAUAUAUCAAAAAAUAGCCUAAAAACUGAUAUCUUACAGAUGCCAUACAAAGGCAAGUGUUAACAUGCUACUUGGGAAAUUUCGUUCAACUCCCAAUAUAUAAGUAAUUUUUUUAAAAUUCUAUAUCUCGGCCAAAUUACUUCUGCUUUGUCUUUUUUUCAACUAAAGUUUCAAUUUCUUUUUCAUUAAAUAAUUAAAUUUUAAUAUGCUCAUGAGAAUUGAAAAUUAUCGAAAAUUUUUAAAAAGCGGGGUCACUGUCUGAGAAUGGCCUUAAGGGUCGGUAGUACUAACUGAAGAAGUAUCCGGAUUUUAAAUUUCUAAUUACAUUUUAAAUAUUUAUGGGACUUUAUUUAUUCUAUUAAUUAAUAAAUUAAUAGAAUGUAAAAAUCAAGAAUUUGUUAGGUACGGCUCAGCUUUAAUGCUUUUGACGUCUUACCAGAGAGUUAGUCGCCGCCGGUUUUCACCCCCACUUUUAAAAAACGAGUCUGAUCUCACGCCGUUACACAUUAACAUUACAAACCGAAAAUUUACAAUUCUGGACGGCGACUUACUCUCUAUAUAUGUGAGGACUUUACAUACAAACUAUAUUAUUAAUAUUUUUGGGGUUGGAGUAUAAGUUAGUUUGACGGCGAUACAGGACAACACAAAAUAAAAAUACGGAUAAAAUUGGAAGCUCAACAAUACAAGAAAAAUACAUAAAACGAAACCGCAGUAAGUGGCACGUGGUCCAAUAAGGACGAUAGCCAAAAAGGAACCAAAAACAAAACAAAAAAAAUUUGACGACGAUUUUUUGUUUAUAAUCGCCGGACACGGAAGUGGGGUUACUCCUGCCAUGCCGAGCUGUCUAAAUUUAGUAAAUAUAAUAAUCAAUAAUAAUAAUACUUUUAAAUUUUUUUAACAAUAAUAAAGUGAAAAAAAGUAAAUAUUACUAAAUAACAAAAAAAAUAAAUAAUUAUGAUAACUUUAAAUGAAAAUAUAAAUAUAAAUAAAAAUACAAUGACUACCAUUAAUUGGAGAAAAGUAAAAAAUACGGUAUCAGAACGUAUGAUAGAUCGUUCAUUAGCACAUAAAUUUAUAAUUCCUGAUGAUAAUUUCAAACAAAUGAAAAUCAAGACUAUAAUUUUUAAUAGAUUAUUACAAAGUCGAUGUUAUACUUAUAAAAGAUAUGUUCAGUUGAAGAAAUCUAUGAUUAAAAUUAUUUCUGAAGAAAAGGAUAUUGAAAGUUUAAAUGAUAUUGAUCAUAUUUUUGAUAAAUUUAUCCUACCAAUUGCCAAUGAUGAUAUUGAUACGGAUAUUGAUAAUAAUAAUUAUAAUUCAGACCAAUCAAAUAAUUCAUUAGAUAAUAAUAAUAAGGAUACAGAGUUAAAUGAGGUUGAUGAAUCAGCUAACGUCAAUGACACAGAUGAAAACAGAAUAAUUUAUUCAAAUCAAUGUUUAGACCAUCAAUUAGCUGAAGAACAACUUAAUAGUAAUAAUAAUAAUAAUAAUAAUAACAACAACCAUAAUGAGCAUGAAAUAUUUAAUGAUAGUGAUGAUGAUGGAAAUGCAAGUGAUUCGAUGAAGCAGUAUCAUCAACAAGAAUUAUCAGUAACAACAAAUUUAAAAACUGAUUCAGAAGAUGACAUUGAUGAAAAAUAUUCGCCAUUAAUUCAUAAUGAUGCUGAUGAUGAUAAUAAUGAUGGAAAUGUAGGCGAUUUGAUGAAACAGUAUGAUGAAAAAGAAUUAUCAGUAACAACAAAUUUAAAAACUGUUUCAGAAAAUGACAUUUAUAACAAAUAUUCACCAUUAAUUCAUAAUGAUAGUGAUGAUAAUGAUGAUGAUGGAAAUGUAAGCGAUUCGACGAAGCAGUAUGAUGAAAAAGAAUUAUCAGUAACAACAAAUUUAAAAACUGAUUCAGAAGAUGACAUUUAUAACAAAUAUUCACCAUUAAUUCAUAAUGAUAGUGAUGAUAAUAAUAAUAAUGAUGAUGAUGAUAAUUUAGGUGAUUCGGUGAAGCAAUAUAAUGAAACAGAACUACCAGUAACAACAAAAUUAAAAUCUGAUUCAGAAGAUGACAUUGAUAACAAUUAUUCAUCAUUAAUUCAUAAUGAUGUUGGUGAUGAUGAUAAUGAUAUUGAUGAUGAUGAUGAUAAACAAAGCUCGACAUCAGGAAAAAAUAAAACACAAGUUAAAAUAACAAAUUAUGAAGUAGUAACUUCAAAGUAUACUAUUAUUAAAGAUAAAAAUAAAAUAGUAGACCACCAAAACUUGAAAAAUGCUAAUAAACAAUCAUUAAACAUUAAUGAAAAUAAUAAUUUUAAUAGUGUUAUUACUUUACCACAUUCUUCUAGUGAUAAUGACGAUGAUGAUGAUAUUAAUAAUGAUAGUUUAAAUUAUUAUCACUUGAAAGAAAAAAGAAAAUUAAAAAUAGAUAAUAAUAAAUCUUAUGGACCAUCAUUAAUAGCAACUCCAAGAGUUAGUGAAUCAUUAGAAUAUGUAUUAAAAAAUUUACCUUUUCGUGAAUAUUAUUCACAGCCAAAAGAGAAUGAUGAUUUAUCAUCGAGUUAUGUAAAUAAUAAUAGUGAUAUCAGUGAUUACGAUAUCGAUGGUUAUAUUGAAGAUGAAUUAAUGUCAAAACGCCCUACAGAUAUUGAUAAUUUUGCUAUAAGUAGAAAAUUAAUAACUUUGAGUUCAACACAGUCGUCUUGUACUUUUGAAGACCUAAACGAAGAUGACGAAAUUUUAGUAAUGGACAUUCCUAAAUCUAUUAUUGAUAAAGGAAAUUUGGAAGGACAAUCAAUGAAACUUAAAAAACGAUCUAUAAAAAUAGGUGAUACUCGUUAUAAAAUAAGUAUUAAAGACAAUGAUGAAUUUACUUGUGUUUUUCGACUUAAUAAUCGAGAUGAUUUGUAUAAAAUAGAGAAUAUUCAACCAGUAAAAUCAAUUGUUAUUCAAGAGCCUCAAUCUACUCCAGAUAAAAGAGACAGUUUUGAUCAAGAUAAUAAUAACAUUGUUAAAGAUUUCGAAGAUCCAAUACACUUUCCAAAUAAUUUAAAAACAAGAAACCCUCUAUUGUUAGAUCAUCAACAAAGUAUUAAAUUAAAACAUAGUAAAAGAAAAGAAAAUGAUAGUUUGCAAAAUGAUUCAGUCAAGUCCAAGAAAGUUAAAAUAUUAUAAGAUCAAGUCUAGUUAUUAUUUUUAAAUUUAUAACAAUUAUAUCAAUAAUAAAACAAACAAUGAUUAAAUUUUUUGUGUUU